AUGGCAAAAGAGAGGGGUUAUUUUAUUGGUCACAAGCCUUCGACACAGAAGUCCUGGAGGAACAAGUGGUGUCUGGCUUAUGGUGACUGGGAGUGUUCGCCAGGGAAGACCGUCACCAAACACAUUCCUACCCACUUCCAGUUUAUAGGUUCGGUGAAGUGGGGGCCGAUCUCCAAGGAGCAAGAAGACGAAGUUGAGAGUAGACCUGACAAUAUUGCACACGACCGUUUACACACGACACGAAUUCGCAAGAAAUUAUCAGUAUUUGGGUUGAGCUUAUUGGGUCGGGUUGAAAACGGGUGA